GCUACCUUCAGUGGUAGGGACCCAAAAAAAAAUUUUGACUAUAAAUAAACAAGUGUCAAACUAGGCAGCACCUUCAUUCUCUUUUUUUCUAUAAUACUAAUAAUGUCUACCGAUCGUAUUGAAUAUCUUCGCUCUAAAUUGGCUCAAUAUCCCGAUUUCCCCAAGAAGGGAAUUCUUUUUGAGGAUAUUAUGCCAAUUUUCUCUGACCCUAAGGCUUUUGGUAUUCUCGUUGAUCUUUUGGUCGAACUCAUUCAAAAACAAUUCAAGGAAAUUGAUGUCAUUGUUGGUUUGGAAGCCCGCGGCUUCCUUUUUGGUCCUACCUUGGCCUUGCGUUUGAAUGCAGGAUUCGUCCCCGUUCGUAAACCUAACAAGCUCCCUGGUGAUUUGGCUACUAUCACCUUCAAAAAGGAGUAUGCUGAAGAUGCUUUCGCUAUGCAAAAAUCUUCCAUCAAGCCCUCCCAACGUGUCUUGAUCGUCGAUGACAUCUUGGCUACUGGCGGUACCGCUUUGGCUGCUGAUGAAUUGAUUAUGCAAUUGAAUGGUAACUUGUUAGGCCAUGUUUUCUUGAUGGAAUUGGACUUUUUGGAAGGCCGUAAGCGUCUCAAGGCCCCUACAUUCACUCUUUUUAGCGGUCAAUCUGAGGCUCCUGAAGGAAGCGAAUUUGCUUAAGGCAUCCAUGUUUUAGUAUUUGUUUAUUAGGGAUUUUCGGUAAUAGCGGCUUUUAGUUCAGUUUCCAGGUUUUCAUAAGACCGAGCAGGUGCUUAUUCUUUGUGUUUUUGGAUAGUAAUUUUGCUUGUAUACUAGAUUUAUCAGAGCACAAUGCACUUAAUAGAAUCAAUCGUUUUUAAAGAAUACUGAUACACUUUUAUACAACAAAAUUGCAAUUAUCUUAUUGUUAAUCGUUAAAUGUUUUCUAA